AUGCCGACCGGCGACAUCCGCUACACCUCCCCACCAACGGCAACCAACAACUCCUCCCCUAUCGUUGCCUUCGAGGACGAAGUUUGGCUAUGGUCCCAAAUCAAAGCCGAAGCUCGCCGUGACGCCGAGUCGGAGCCGGCGCUGGCGAGUUAUCUAUACUCGACGAUUCUCUCCCACUCCUCGCUUGAACGGUCGCUGUCGUUUCAUCUAGGGAAUAAGCUUUGUUCGUCGACGCUUCUUUCGACGCUUCUGUAUGAUUUGUUUCUCAAUGCUUUUGCUACUGACCCGUCGCUGAGUUUGGCGGCUGUGGCUGAUCUUCGUGCUUACCGGGAACGGGACCCUGCGUGUAUCUCUUACUCUCACUGUUUGCUCAAUUACAAAGGAUUCCUUGCUUGCCAGGCGCACCGUGUGUCUCACUUAUUGUGGAGGCAGGCUCGGCGUCCGUUAGCGUUGGCGCUACAUUCUCGAGUUGCCGAUGUGUUUGCAGUGGAUAUCCACCCGGCAGCAAGAAUUGGGAAAGGAGUUUUGUUUGACCAUGCCACGGGUGUGGUGGUGGGCGAGACUGCGGUGAUUGGAAACAACGUGUCGAUUUUGCAUCAUGUGACAUUGGGUGGGACUGGAAAGGCUGGUGGGGAUAGGCAUCCCAAGAUUGGUGAUGGGGUGCUCAUUGGUGCUGGUGCUACUAUUUUGGGCAAUGUUAAGAUUGGGGAAGGUGCUAAGAUAGGUGCUGGGUCUGUUGUUUUGAUUGAUGUGCCGCCACGGACUACUGCUGUUGGGAACCCGGCGAGAUUGGUUGGUGGUAAAGAGAAGCCAUCUAAGCUUGAGGAUGUGCCUGGUGAAUCCAUGGACCAUACUUCCUUUAUCUCUGAGUGGUCUGAUUAUAUCAUUUGA